GCCAAGAGACUCAUCGGUAGGAAAUUUGAUGACCCUUCCAUUCAGCAUAACUUGAAGCAUUGGCCCUUCACUGUUUUUAGUGAUGGCGGAAAGCCCAAAAUUCAGGUAGGCAUGAAUUUUGUCCUAAGCACCAUGCAGAAUUAUUGUGAAAGGCUGGAGGGUUACCUGAGUCGAUUUUGCAUCGAGGUUGCAUACAAGGGGGAGACCAAAACUUUCUAUCCUGAGGAGAUAAGUUCCAUGGUGCUCUCGAAGAUGAAGGAAACUGCUGAAGCAUAUCUUGGAAGAACGGUGACUGAUGCUGUCGUGACAGUGCCUGCCUGCUUUAAUGGCUCUCAGCGACAGGCUACCAAGGAUGCAGGGACCAUUGCGGGAUUGAACGUGCUACGCAUCAUGAACGAGUCCACCGCUGCUGCCAUUGCUUACGGUCUCGAUGAGAAAGCAGAAGAGCGCAAUGUCCUCAUCUUUGAUCUCGGCGGUGGUGCAUUUAACAUCUCCAUACUGGCCCUUGAAGGUGGAAUCUUUGAAACUACUAUUGAACUUGAUUCAUUUUUCGAGGACACUGACUUCUACACUUCCAUCACUCGUGCCCGCUUCGAAGAGAUCAAUGCUGAUCUCUUCAGCUCCACACUGAAACCAGUUGAGAUAGCUCUCCGAGAUGCCAAGCUGGAUGAGUCAUCCAUCCACGAGAUCGUCCUCGUCGGUGGCUCGACUCGCAUUCCAAAAAUCCAGUCGCUCUUGGUGAAUUUCUUCAAAGGCAAGGAAGUAAAAAAAUGCAUCAAUCCUGAUGAAGCUGUGGCCUAUGGUGCUGCUAUUCAAGCAGCCAUCUUGCAUGGAGACAAGAAUGAGAAAGUACAGGAUGCUCUACUGGUAGACGUGACUCCAUUGUCUCUGGGGAUUUUGGGAGAUGGAGGAGUGAUGACCACUCUCAUCAAGCGCAACACGAAAAUCCCCAAUUGGCAGGCCAAGACUUUGACUACUCAUUAUGAUAACCAACCUUCUUUGUUUAUUGAAAUAUACGAGGGGGAGCGCUCCAUGGCCAAAGACAACCAUCUACUAGGGGGAUUCGAACUGUCUGGCAUCCCGCCAGCUGGACGAGGGGUCCCACAGAUCGAGGUGACCUUCGACAUUGAUGCCAAUGGGAUCCUAAAAGUGUCUGCCAUGGACAAGUCCACUGGCCGAGAGGAGCAGAUCACCAUCGGCAAGAACGAAGGGAGAUUGAGCGAAGAGGAGAUCGAGAGAAUGGUGAAGGACGCCGAGAAAUACAAAGAGGAGGACGAUGCUCAAAGGGGUCGUGUAGCAGCCAUGAACUCGUUCGAGUCCUUUGUCUUUAGCAUGAAGGACAUCGUGAAGGAUGAGGAGAUGGAUAAUAUCCUCAAAUGGUACAAGUACACCAUACUAUUCAAGUACAACGAAAGCCUGAAAUGGCUAGAUGGGAAUCAGAAACUGUUCUAUUCCAAGAUGGCAGAAGAGGAAGAGUUUAAGCACAAACGAACGGAAGUUGAACGGCUAUGUAACCCCCUUCUCACCAUCAUGAAGAUGUACCAGGAGGCAACAGGCACUGGGGUUACU